GUUUACAAGGACACUCCACCAAAGUCUCAUAGAUUGUGUUAACUUGUGGCAUACUACAAUGUCUAAAAGACUGGAGUUAAACCACGAUGGACAUGACGAAUGUGAUGAAGACAUUAGACCUGAUACCAGACAUUUUAACCAUGGACAUGAAGAAAACAGUGAAGAGUUAGACAUGCUGUCUACCAAACAGUGGCAGAAAGAUGGCAUGAAUGAAAUUGAUGAGGAUACUAUCAAAAAGUCAGAAGCGCAAAAUACGAAAUCUUUACUGGGCAUAAUUGACACGUACGACAGACCAGCGAGUGCCAAUGCAGAAGGAGGUUAUGCUGAACAAGACUUAUAUGCAUCAUCAGGUUUUGAAAACAAACCAGGAAAGAGGCUUCCCAAGGCUGGAUACCUUGCAGAAGCAGGAGUUGGACGAGCUCGUGCUGAAUACAGUAUAUUUGAGGCUGAAGCCAAAGGUCCAAGUGCCUCAUUUGGUAUCGAAGCCAAAGAGGGUAAACUCGGAGCAAUGGCUCGAGCUGAAAUCGCCAGUGCAUCAGCUAAAGCCGGUCCAGUUGGUGUGAAAGUGGGACUAGGCUUUGACACAGGUGCAUCUAUUGGUUUGGGUGGGGUGGAGGCCAAAAUCCUUGGAUUUGGAUUCUCAUUUGGUUCAAAGAUGGGAGUAUCCUUGCUGGGUUCAGAAGUGUCAUUUUCAUUCUUUUAGCCACAACAGGUAUUAAUUACCUUUGAAUAUUUAUGUAUAACAUUUUACUAUAAAUUUAUCCUAAAAAUCUCUGUCUCGGUUUUGACUGCUCACAUUAGAAAUCACCACUGCAGAAUCGUCUGCACAUUUAUUUGGUGCAGGUCUUCCUGACGCAACCUAGCACUGACAUUCUGAAAAGCCAUUAACAAUUAUUUAUAUUUAAUCCACUUAAUUAAGCAUUCAAAUUGUUCUUUAUAUUUAAACAUGAGUGUUAUUGUUGCAUAUCACUCUUUAUAAUUCAUUUAUAUCUCUAAUGUUUGCUGUUAUCACAUUGUAAGUCUACUUUUUUAUAUUCCUGUCCUCAUUUAGGAACGUUAUCUGUCAAAAUGUCAACUCAAACUUGUGUAUCUAAUUUAGUUUUUUAUCUUAUAAUAUAAUGUUUUGUUUCUCUUAAUAAUACUAUUCUUUAAAUCGAGCUGGUUUGUCAGUCUCUUUAUUAUUACAGUGUGCUUAUUGGGGUGUUAUUCUAAACUUGGUAAAAUGUUAUACUUUAAAUCACUUUAAAAUCGAUUAAAACCUGUUAGUGUCUGUUAUUGGGACAUCUUGUUAAAUGCCCAGUUCCUUUGUUUGUUUGUUUUUUCGAUUGCCCUUGAAACUCCCAUGAGCUCUGUGUUCUGAGCUGUGCCUGGAAAUGACUUUCUUUUCCAUGAUCUGCUUGUUUCAGAGUCUCUGCUUUCAGCAACCCAGGUGUGUGUGUUCAGGAGAGCAAACAUACAUUUGUGUUGCAUUUUAUUUUAUUUUAUAUUCAUUUAUUCUUUCAUUUAUUUUUUUUAAUUAAACAUCUACAGUAUUGUUCAAAAUAAUAGCAGUACAAUGUGACUAACCAGAAUAAUCAAGGUUUUUCGUAUAUUUUUUUAUUGCUACGUGGCAAACAAGUUACCAGUAGGUUCAGUAGAUUCUCAGAAAACAAAUGAGACCCAGCAUUCAUGAUAUGCACGCUCUUAAGGCUGUGCAAUUGGGCAAUUAGUUGAAUUAGUUGAAAGGGGUGUGUUCAAAAAAAUAGCAGUGUGGCAUUCAAUCACUGAGGUCAUCAAUUUUGUGAAGAAACAGGUGUGAAUCAGGUGGCCCCUAUUUAAGGAUGAAGCCAACACUUGUUGAACAUGCAUUUGAAAGCUGAGGAAAAUGGGUCGUUCAAGACAUUGUUCAGAAGAACAGCGUACUUUGAUUAAAAAGUUGAUUAGAGAGGGGAAAACCUAUAAAGAGGUGCAAAAAAUGAUAGGCUGUUCAGCUAAAAUGAUCUCCAAUGCCUUAAAAUGGAGAGCAAAACCAGAGAGACGUGGAAGAAAACGGAAGACAACCAUCAAAAUGGAUAGAAGAAUAACCAGAAUGGCAAAGGCUCAGCCAAUGAUCACCUCCAGGAUGAUCAAAGACAGUCUGGAGUUACCUGUAAGUACUGUGACAGUUAGAAGACGUCUGUGUGAAGCUAAUCUAUUUUCAAGAAUCCCCCGCAAAGUCCCUCUGUUAAAAAAAAGGCAUGUGCAGAAGAGGUUACAAUUUGCCAAAGAACACAUCAACUGGCCUAAAGAGAAAUGGAGGAACAUUUUGUGGAAUGAUGAGAGUAAAAUUGUUCUUUUUGGGUCCAAGGGCCACAGGCAGUUUGUGAGACGACCCCCAAACUCUGAAUUCAAGCCACAGUACACAGUGAAGACAGUGAAGCAUGGAGGUGCAAGCAUCAUGAUAUGGGCAUGUUUCUCCUACUAUGGUGUUGGGCCUAUUUAUCGCAUACCAGGGAUCAUGGAUCAGUUUGCAUAUGUUAAAAUACUUGAAGAGGUCAUGUUGCCCUAUGCUGAAGAGGACAUGCCCUUGAAAUGGUUGUUUCAACAAGACAAUGACCCAAAACACACUAGUAAACGGGCAAAGUCUUGGUUCCAAACCAACAAAAUUAAUGUUAUGGAGUGGCCAGCCCAAUCUCCAGACCUUAAUCCAAUUGAGAACUUGUGGGGUGAUAUCAAAAAUGCUGUUUCUGAAGCAAAACCAAGAAAUGUGAAUGAAUUGUGGAAUGUUGUUAAAGAAUCAUGGAGUGGAAUAACAGCUGAGAGGUGCCACAAGUUGGUUGACUCCAUGCCACACAGAUGUCAAGCAGUUUUAAAAAACUGUGGUCAUACAACUAAAUAUUAGUUUAGUGAUUCACAGGAUUGCUAAAUCCCAGAAAAAAAAAAAAAUGUUUGUACAAAAUAGUUUUGAGUUUGUACAGUCAAAGGUAGACACUGCUAU